GCAAAUCUGGAAUGAUGCUGAGUCUCGUGAAAAAGCGUCUUUCUCCCUCUGGCGGUGUAGCGUGUUGGGCUCGGUUGACAAUCCAGACACCACUGUGUGUAGGUAUUUCCUUAUCUGAUCAUGGUCGAUGAUUGGUGAGAAAGCAUGGUCAGCGAAUUUCAUUAAUAGCGGAUUAGCUAUCGUUAUCAAGUGAGCACAAUAAUGGAAGACUGUACUGCUACGACCUUUGCAAACCGCAGCUGACGUCACUGUGAAGACAACUGCACUGCGGAUUAGGACGGAUUUGUAUGGCGCCAGCCUGCUAGCUAGUUGUUUCAUGCACGAAGAGUGAACCUUCCAAGGUCCUGUGAAUAGCAUGAUGGGGUCCUUCAGCCGACAGGAGUUCUUCCAUGAGCUUGUGGAGGGCUGUCUUCUGCCCACCGCUCAGCAGGGCCUGGAGCAGGUCUGGCAGCUUCUGGUCAUCUGCCUUCUAUGCCGACUUCUCUGGAUUCUGGGCCUCCCAUCCUAUGUGAAACACCUGAGCACUGUGGCAGGAGGGUUCUACACCCUGUACCUGUUCUUUGAGCUCCACAUGGUGUGGGUGGUACUGCUCAGUCUACUGUGCUACCUCAUCCUCUUCCUCUGUCGACACUCCAGUAACCGGGCCACCUUCCUCUCCAUCACCAUCCUCAUCUACCUGCUCAUGGGAGAGCUGCAUAUGAUGGACACCACCACCUGGCACAAAAUGAGAGGUUCCCAGAUGGUGGUUGCCAUGAAGGCCAUUUCUCUAGCCUUUGACCUGGAUCGGGGUGUGGUGGCUAAUGUGCCUUCUCCUGUGGAGUUCAUGGGCUAUAUCUACUUUGUUGGGACGAUCAUAUUUGGGCCCUGGAUCAGCUUUAACAGCUACAGAGAGGCUAUAGAGGGCCGCAAACUGAGUUUCUCCUGGAUAUGGAAAGUGUGUGUCAGCUGGGUGAAGAGCCAGCUGUGUCUGAUCACCUCUAACUGUGUUGCUCCCUACCUCUUCCCUUACUUCAUCCCCAUCUACGGAGACAAGCUGCUACGCAACAAAACAAAACGGAAGAUCAGAGCUUCUGUGGCAAGGUGGCUCCUGGCCUAUGAGAAUGCACUCUCAUUCCACUUCAGCAACUACUUUGUGGGUUACCUGAGUGAGACCACCACCACUCUGGCUGGAGCAGGCUUUACUGAGGAGAAAGACAACCUGAAAUGGGAUAUGACGAUUGCCAGGCCCUUGCAUGUGGAGUUUCCCAGGUCUAUGGUGGAGGUGGCCACCUCGUGGAAUCUGCCCAUGUCCAAAUGGCUCCACACCUAUGUUUUUACCAGUGCUCGCAACCUUGGAACCUUUUCAGCCAUCCUAGUGACAUACACAGCCAGUGCACUUCUACAUGGUCUCAGCUUCCACCUGGGUGCAGUGCUACUGUCUCUCGGGUUCAUCACGUAUAUUGAGCAUGUUUUGCGGAAGAGAUUGGCAGCCAUUUUUAAUGCGUGUAUUCUGUCAAAGAAAUGCCAGCCGAACUGCUCUCACAAGAACAAUAAGGUACUGUGGGUGUACAUCAUUAACGUAGCCUUCAGCACCCUGGCUGUCUUCCACCUGGCAUACCUGGGCUCUCUGUUCAACUCCAGUGUUGACUACAUGGAUGAAAAGAGUGACGUGGCCAACCACACCAUUCAGAAGUGGUCGGAGCUGAGCUGGGCCAGCCACUGGGUGACGUUUGGCUGCUGGGUGCUCUACCGCAUCAUCCUCUAAAUGUGUGUCUGUGAGAGAGGGCGAGCUGGGGAUAGAGACGUGGAGAGGAAUGAACCACCCCUUUGUACAGAAUAGAAACUAUUUUACUCAAGACCAACAUGCAGUGCUCAGGACACCGCCUAAGAGAUUGGGCUAUCUACUUACUGUAACCUGCUGGUGACAAACUAUUUUUGAUACUCUUAAAAUAAUGCCCCACUCUUCCUUAAUUGCUUAAUUUUGUUUUUAAUCACAUUUUGUUUGAGCUGCUGCAUUCGUCCCUUGUGGAAAGACUGAUCAGGAUCUGCUAUCUGACAUCUCACUGUGAUUCUCAAUCAAUACCCACCCUGUCAGCAUGGCAGUGGUCAUUCAUUCACUCUUUUAUGGACUGCUAAGAACUAGUUUUCAGAAGUGAUUCCAGAAUAUGCCAUUUAAGUUUUGUUUUCCUGUUUCUCUAUAUUAGAAGGCUAUAUAUUUUCCUAAUACGACCUAAUUAGUUAUUACAUCUGUAGUAUGUAAAUAAAACCCAGGUUGGAGAUUAAGAAAGUUUCUGUUUGUAUGACUGCACAAAACAUAAUAAUUAGGCAGCAACUUUCCUUUUGUGGAUUUUAGUAAUAUAAUUUAUUUUAUUUAUGGAAAUAAUCAUGUCAAUCGGUGCCAAAUGUUAGCCAGUUUUUCCAUUGUCCUGUUAAUAACUAUGUAACUGUGAUAUAUUUUACAAAUUAUUGUAGUUCAGUCAAGAAAGAAUACUAAAGUCUUUACUUGGUCAGUCAGUUCUUCAUGUUGCUGUAAAGCAGAUUAUGAAAAUACAUAACUUCCUGUUUUCGAUGCAAAAUUAAGAUGACGUUUGAAGUUGCAUCAGUAACUAAAGGCUUUGGUCAUUUUCUAUAUCCUGCUCUUUUUUUUAAGAACAUGCCUUUAAGGAAAUGUAUUUUUAAUGGAAUGCAUACUGCUCCUGAACAUACUGCACAUAAACUGAAUCGUACUGCU